AGUGAAAACAGCAAGUAAAGUCUGUUCGUUGUUCCAACUGUCAAAAAAUGUCUGAUUUGACGCUGCCGUCUUUGACUCUGACACAAAUUGCAAAUACAGGUCAUGUCAAUUGUCAAUUGGAUUGGAGUUGUGUUGUGGAGAAAAAUCAAGUUGUUUAUAAUAAAUAAAUGUUUACCUUUAUUUACAAAAACUUAAUAUGUUGAUUUUUAAAUGUGCACUCAUUGUUCUAUCGUCUACAUACAUUUUUUCCCUUUGUUUACAAGUGGCAAAGGAAACGAACUCUCUAGAUACUGGCCUUGCUUUUUUGUAUGUGGCCAGCGGAGCAAUAGCUGGGAAAAUCAUCUAUGACAGAUACCAGCAAAUUCAUGUAUUAGGUUCACUAACACCAAAUCCCAAUGUGACCUCCUUUGCCAAUAGGAUUGCUACAUUUUCAGCCUCAUUCCUGUCUCUGGGCUUCCUAGCAUAUCUUUUACUAUUUCUGUUCAAGGUGGAUAGCCAUUGCUUAAUAGCCUUAAAUAUAUUUAUAUGUGCUUUCGGCACUUUGUACUUAUGGGUACAGUGUGUUCUAACAACAUAUAUAUCUACAUUAUUUUAUGACAAAAACUUGUUAAUACUUCGACAAUGUCUUGCCAAUUUGAGCUUCCUUUUAUUAGUACUAAUGGCUAUUUUUGGAACUAUAACAUCUUUCUUGACGGAAGAUGGUUCCAGUGGCUUCCGCGUUUGUCUCAUCAUCACAUAUCUAUGCAGUUACUCGUUAACAGCUAUUUUCUGCAUAUUUUUAAUCUCUUUCCAGAAAGAAUACGAGUACUUUGCUGUAGGCCUACGAUCCGAAUUAUUACUUGAUGACGCAUGUUCAUUGAAUAAUGCGUCAGUCUCCGAAGUAGAUGGUGUGUUUAGGACACAAGAUAUGCUCUCCAGUGCAAUCGUAAUAAAGGGGAGUAUAACUUGUGCAAAGGUCUCUUGA